AUGAGCACUACAGUGACGAAAAAGACUGUUUAUGUCAGGGGCCCGAAUAACAUAUACCGACGCAAGUCCUAUGACACUCCUUCAAUUGCAUCUGUCGACUCUGGCGAGUUGACUCGCAAGAAGGGUGAGGUCGAUUCGACACUCAAUGACUUGAUGGUGUGUGGUUUCCAGGUCCCAGAGGACCCUUCUACGAAAAAGGCGAAGAUGAAAACAAAGCGACCAUCUGCAUCAAGCGCUGACUUAACAGCACCAACUCCUAAUCAACCUCCUUGCCCGCGUAUUUCCUUCAAGAGGUCGUUCUCUGACUUGCCAAAACAGACUUCCUGGAUGGAUAUGGUGAUCCAGCAGAAAUGGGAUCUUUUGACCCGCUACGCAAAGCUCUUGUCAUAUUUGUUGUUCAUGUGUAUCCUUUGGGGUGCCCUAGCCACCGGUGCAUUCUGGUAUGCUGGUGUUCUCAGGAUCUCCAACUUGGAUGAUAUCAAAAACACAUUCUCAAGCUUGUUUGGCCUGGGAGAAGUUGCAAGAUCUGAUUCUCCCGUUCAUUACCACUACGAACGGCGGGAAGAAGAUCAAUACGAAUCUGACUGUGACCCCAAACGGAAGAUGAGGACAGAAUCGGAACCUCACCUCGUAAGGGAACCAUCUCCGCAAAAAUUGACUAAUGUCAGACCGUUUGUCCCACCUUCAAGGAGAGACAGUGCUGAUUCAAAAAUGUCUUCGCAAAUCCUGUUACACCGUCUCCAGAACGAAGCAAGCACAAAAAGGAGCCGUUUCCGCUUGGGUCUGCCCGAACGUGAGAGGCCCAAGGAUCCUCGGAGACAUUCAUCGGCAUCUCUAGAACUAUCUUCAAAGGAUAAACAUAAACCAUUGCCAUCUUUGCAUAAAACCGCCCAAAGGAGUCUGGACUCCAGCGGCCUGGAUUUACCCCUAGUACAUGAGAUCAAGCUCAAAAGCAGGUUUGACCAGCAGCUUGAAGCUUUAGGAAAUGACGCCCACUCGCUUAGCCGUCUGGACACGCUUCUCAGCAAACAGUCUAUGUUAGGAACGAGAGCGAACAAGAGGACAUUUUUGUCGAAUGUUGACGAAUUCUAA